GGACAGACAGGCGGGAGGAGGCCGUCAGCCACUUCGCCCGGGGAAGGAAGGUGCUGACAGGCCGCGCAACAGGUUGCAGAUGGCUGUGAGCUAGCAAGGAACAUUCAGGACCAUGAUGGCUCAGAUUCCUACAGCCAUAAAUGGAGGCCCAAAUAUGUGGGCUAUCACUUUUGAAGAACGAACGAAGUAUGACAAGCAGUUUGACAGCCUCAAACCAAUUGGAGGUUAUGUUACAGGUGAUCAAGCUCGUAACUUUUUUUUACAAUCAGGUUUGCCCUCUUCAGUCUUGGCGGAAAUAUGGGCUCUCUCAGACAUGAACAAGGACGGGAAAAUGGAUCAGCGGGAGUUUUCCAUAGCUAUGAAACUCAUCAAGCUAAAGCUACAAGGCCAGCCUUUGCCUGUGGUUCUCCCUCCACUCAUGAAGCAAGCUCCAGUGUUCUCUCCCUUGAUUUCUGCUCGUUUGGGCAUGGGCAGUAUGCCAAAUCUGUCUGUACCAGCAUCUAUUCCUGCAAUGACACCUUUCGCACCCGUGUCAUCUUUUACUUCUGCGACUUCCAUCCCACCCCUGGUGGUUUCUGCUCCUCUGCUGCCUUCCAUCAGCACAUCAUCAUUGCCAAAUCGAACAUCCAGUCUUCUUCAGCCAUUGCCUGUAUCGUACUCUUCAACAUUGCCUCAUUCUAGUUCAUAUAGUCCCAUGAUAGGAGGAUUUGGUGGUGCCAAUAUCCAGAAGACACAGUCCCUGAUAGAUUUAGGAUCUAGUAGUUCAAAUUCUUCUUCUUCUACCUCACUAACUGGGAAUUCACCCAAGACUGGAUCUUCAGAUUGGGCAGUUCCUCAGGCUUCCAGAUUAAAAUACAGGCAAAAAUUUAACUGUCUUGAUAAAGGGAUGAGUGGAUACCUGUCAGGAUUUCAGGCAAAAAAUGCCCUUCUGCAAUCAAACUUAUCCCAGACCCAGUUAGCUACUAUUUGGUCGUUAGCUGACAUUGAUGGUAAUGGGCAGCUGAAAGCCGAGGAGUUCAUAUUAGCUAUGCAUUUAACUGAUAUGGCCAAAGCUGGACAGCCUCUCCCGCUAACUCUGCCUCCUGAGUUAGUUCCGCCUUCUUUGAGAAGUGGAAAGUGUAUUGAAAAUACUAAUUGUGUCCUGCCAACAUAUCAGAAAAGGCAAGAAGAGGAACCCCCAAAAAAACUUCCAGUUACAUUUGAGGAUAAGAGGAAAGCAAACUAUGAGAGAGGCAACAUGGAGCUGGAGAAACGGCGUCACGUGCUGUUGGAGCAGCAGCAGAGAGAAGUGGAACGCAAGGCACAGAGGGAAAGAGAAGAAAAGGAGCGGAGAGAGAGGGAGCAGCAGGAACAGGAACGGAAGAAGCAACUUGAGCUGGAGAAGCAGUUUGAAAAACAACGGGAGAUGGAAAGACAAAGAGAGGAAGAAAAGAGGAAAGAAAUUGAGAGGCGGGAGGCAGCAAAGCAAGAACUUGAGCGUCAACGACGCCUGGAAUGGGAGAGGAUCCGGCGUCAAGAACUUUUUAAUCAACGUAAUAAAGAACAAGAAGAAAUGGUCAAGCUGGCCUCUAAAAAGAAGAGCCUUAAUCUUGAACUAGAUGCAUUGAAUGGCAAACACCAGCAGAUCUCUGGGAGAUUGCAAGAUGUUCAAAACAGAAAACAAAAUCAGAAAAAUGAGUUGGAUGUUCUGGAAAAGAAAUGUGAUUUGGGAAUUAUUGAAAUCAAGAAGCUACAGCAACAGCUUCAGGAAUAUCAGAAUAAGUUGAUCCUCCUUGUUCCUGAAAAACAGCAGUUAAGUGAGAAAAUAAAUCAUAUGCAGUUGAACAACUCCCCUAAUACAGACCUUAAUUCACUAUACAAGAAGACCUCAGAGAAGGAAGAAUUAUGCCAAAGACUUAGGGAACAACUUGAUGUACUAGAAAAAGAAACAUCUUCCAAGCUCUCUGAAAUGGAUGCGUUUAACGAUCAACUUAAGUGUGACACUAUGGAUGCUUCUGUUCUUCAGUGCCUUUUGUGUCUGCUAAGCUGUCUCAACAACCUCUUCCUCUUACUUAAGGAGCUAAGAGAAACAUACUGCACACAACAAUUUGCACUUGAGCAGCUCCACAGGAUUAAAGAAGUUAAAGUCCAAGAACUAGAAAGAAAAAGGACUGAGCUUGCACAGAAAAAAAGAGUAGAGGAUGAGGUUGCACGAAAAGCAAAACGGGAAAAGGAGAACUUGUGGCAGGAGAAUAUCCGGAAGGAGGAAGAAGAAAGAAGAAAGCGACUACAGGAAGAGCGAAUGCAGGAAAAAAUCCACGAGGAAAAACAAAAAGCCGAGGAAGCUGUUGCACAAGAGAGGGAGGUCCAGCAACAAAAACUGGCCCAUGAGAAGCUCGAUGAAGGGCAGAGGAGCAAACAAGCAGAGAUUCUCAGAGAUGCUGAGCAGCAAAGGCAAAAGCAAAAGGAAGAUGACAAAAGGAGACAGACGAGGAUUGCAAAAGAAGCUGAGGGGUGGCAGAGAACGUUUGAUGAAGCGAAGAAAAGGAAAGACACAGCUAAUCUGCAAGAGUCAGAGAAACCUAUUUCUCAAUUAAAUUUAAAUGAAAAAAUUGUAGACAUCCUAAAGCAGACAAAGGGACAAAAUCUUAAGUCAACAUUGAAAAAUGAAGGACAUGCUGUUAGCGACUCUGAUCCUAGGAAAUCGGUUGGCUUUGUGAAUUACAAAGCUUUAUACCCAUUUGAAGCAAGGAAUCAUGAUGAGAUGAGUUUCAAUUCUGGAGAUAUAAUUCAGGUUGUUGAGAAAACUGAUGGAGAGCCUGGUUGGCUAUAUGGCAGCUUCCAAGGGCAUUUUGGCUGGUUUCCAUGCAAUUAUGUAGAAAAAAUACCUGAAAAUGAAAAAGCAUUUUCACCUCCUAAGAAAGCAUUACUUCCUCCAACAGUAUCGUUACCAACUGCCUCAAUUUCAGUAGAGCCUUUGUCGCCAAGUCAACCAGCAGAAGAAACAGAUUACCAAAAUGCAUCUUUCUCAAGUUUGAAUGUUAAUGCAUGGCAGAAAAAAUCUGCCUUUACCCGCACAGUAUCCCCAGGAUCUGUUUCUCCCAUCCAUGGACAGGGGCAAGUUGUAGAAAACUUAAAAGCACAGGCGCUUUGUUCCUGGACUGCAAAAAAAGAUAACCACUUGAACUUUUCAAAAAAUGACAUAAUUACUGUGCUGGAGCAGCAGGAAAAUUGGUGGUUUGGAGAAGCAGGUGGAGGAAGAGGAUGGUUUCCCAAAUCGUAUGUAAAGAUCUUACCUGGACAUGAAUACCAAAGAGUGGAACCAGAAGCUGUUUAUGCAGCUGUAAAUAAGAAACUCACAACACCAUCUUAUACGUUAGGAGAGGAGUAUAUAGCACUGUAUUCUUACACAAGUUCUGAACCUGGUGAUUUAACUUUCACUGAAGGUGAAGAAAUAUUAGUUACUCAGAAAGAUGGGGAAUGGUGGACUGGAAGCAUUGGCAAUAGAACUGGAAUCUUUCCUUCAAACUACGUCAAACCAAACGAUCAUGAUAGUUCUGCCACUGCUAGCAAAUCAGGACCAUUAAAUAAAAAACCUGAAAUUGCUCAGGUUACCACAGCCUAUGCUGCAUCAGGGACAGAACAGCUGAGUCUCGCCCCAGGGCAGCUGAUACUAAUUUUGAAGAAGGACUCUAGUGAAUGGUGGCAGGGUGAACUGCAGGCAAGAGGGAAAAAAAGACAAAAAGGAUGGUUUCCUGCUACCCAUGUGAAGCUUCUGGGUCCAAGCACUGAAAGGACGACCCCAGCUGUUCUCCCAGUGUGUCAAGUAAUCGCGAUGUAUGACUACAUGGCGAACAACGAAGAUGAACUCAGUUUCUCUAAGGGGCAGCUCAUUAAUGUACUGAACAAAGAAGAAAUGGAUUGGUGGCAAGGGGAAAUCAAUGGCAUCUCAGGUCUCUUUCCUUCAAACUAUGUUAAGAUGACCACAGACUCAGAUCCAAGUCGGCAGUGGUGUGCUGAUCUGCAAAGUCUUGACACAAUGCAACCCAUGGAAAGGAAAAGACAGGGUUACAUACAUGAGUUGAUCCAGACAGAGGAAAAAUACAUGGACGAUCUUCAACUUGUCGUAGAGGUUUUCCAGAAACAAAUGGCUGAAGCAGGCUGUCUCUCAGAAGCAGAAAUGGGAUUAAUCUUUGUCAACUGGAAAGAGCUCAUAAUGUCUAAUGCAAAAUUACUGAAAGCCCUUCGUAUACGCAAGAAGACUGGGGGUGAAAAGAUGCCUGUGCAGAUGAUUGGAGACAUCUUGGCUGCUGAACUGUCCCACAUGCAAGCCUAUAUCCGGUUCUGCAGUUGCCAGCUUAACGGGGCUACACUGUUGCAGCAGAAAACAGACGAAGAGCCAGAAUUCAAAGAUUUUUUGAAAAAAUUGGCUUCAGACCCCCGCUGUAAAGGGAUGCCUCUCUCCAGCUUCCUGUUGAAACCUAUGCAGAGAAUUACUCGCUACCCUCUUCUCAUAAAGAGUAUUCUGGAGAAUGCCCCUGAAAGUCACCCAGAUCACAAUAAUCUGAAGCUGGCCCUUGAACGUGCUGAGGAACUCUGCUCCCAAGUCAAUGAGGGGGUGCGUGAAAAGGAAAAUUCAGAGAGACUCGAGUGGAUGCAGUCCCAUGUUCAGUGUGAAGGGCUUGUUGAGCACCUGAUUUUUAACUCCCUGACCAACUGCUUGGGACCACGGAAGCUUUUACACAGUGGCAAGCUCUACAAGACAAAAAGCAACAAGGAGCUGUAUGGCUUUCUCUUCAAUGACUUCCUGCUUCUCACCUACAUGGUCAAGCAGUUUGUCUCAACAGGAUCAGAUAAACUGUUCAGCCCUAAAUCAAAUUCUCAGUUCAAAAUAUACAAAGUGCCUGUUUUUCUGAAUGAAGUCCUAGUAAAAUUGCCAACUGACCCCUCCAGUGAUGAGCCAGUUUUCCACAUCUCCCACAUCGACAGAGUGUAUACACUAAGAACAGACAACAUCAACGAGAGAACUGCCUGGGUCCAGAAAAUUAAAGGAGCAUCUGAAGUGUAUAUUGAAACUGAAAAGAAGAAAUAUGAAAAGGCUUACCAAGCUCGAUCACAGAAGUGUUCCGGAAUAGGGCGUUUGAUGGUGCAUGUGAUAGAAGCAACAGAAUUAAAAGCAUGUAAACCUAAUGGGAAGAGCAACCCAUACUGUGAAAUCAGCAUGGGGUCUCAAAGCUACACUACAAGAACACUGCCAGACACUUUGAACCCAAAAUGGAACUUUAAUUGCCAAUUCUUCAUCAAGGAUCUUUAUCAAGACGUGCUGUGUAUCACCGUGUUUGACAGAGAUCAGUUCUCACCCGAUGAUUUUUUGGGUCGCACUGAAGUUCCAGUAGCCAAAAUCAGAACAGAGCAAGAAAACAAGGGACCUAUAACUAAACGCUUACUGCUGCACGAGGUACCAACAGGUGAAAUUUGGGUGCGCUUUGAUCUGCAAUUAUUUGACCAGAAACCACUCCCUUGAAAAAAGAAAAGCUGCUUUGUGAGAAUGAGGACUAGCAAAGAUAGGAUGAACUGCUCAUUGGAAUGGAAAAUGUUUUACAAACAAUUCUUCACUCAAACAGGUACAUGAGCGCAGUUUGUGCAGCAAAAUCACUUCACCUGGUCACUUGUACAUUACUUCUUUGCUGUGUGCAUGUAUGUUAGUGGCAAUCUAUGCAAUGCAAAAUGUACUGUAUAUAAGAUACUGUAGGACAGUGCCUUUUAUUGAUAUUGAAAUUUUUGAAUGGUGAUGCCAAUGUUUCCAUGUUCAGAUCUCUUAAAAGUAUUAACUAGGAAGGGGCAUUUAAAAAAAUGUUUACCGUUUACAUUGAUGAGAGAGGGGGGGAAUGGUUUAGUUCAGUGCUAGAAUAAUUUCAUCUCUAUCCUGGAAAAUAUAAUCUGCUUGAGCCUCAUCUCAGGAUAUUAACUGUAGGGAAUAUAUGCUGAAGUCUUAGCAAUUCCGGAUCCUUUAAACACUGUAUACUUAAAAAAACAGAGUUCAGUUCUUUAUAUAAUGCUGUACUUAUGAGGAAAUGAUAACAAUUUCUCUCACACACUUAAUCAUUUUAUAACCAUUUUAUGGUUAUAAAAAGGAAUAAUUAGGAAAUAAUAAUAAUGUAAUCUAUAAUAAUGUGGAUACUUUUCACAUUAAAUAUAUAUGAAAGAAAAAUAUCAAUUUUCUUGCAGACUCCCCAUAGAAUGUGCACCUUUAAGACUUGUCAUAAGCAAAGAUCCGAGGGCAGAGAAUGUAAGGUAGUCAUGCCAAGAUCUGUAUACCAAUUAAAGUUU